ACAUUCUCUUUAUAAAGCUUAGAGACGAGUGAAAAUAAGUUCAACUUCAACUGUACACUCAAUCUCCUGACGAUUGAAACUAAAGAGUCUCAGAGAAAGAGAGUUGGAAGUUGGGAGAGAUGAGUCUCGAGGGUUUCGAUGACUGGGAUGAGUUAUUCCUCGAUCAAGCCAUUCGAAUGGAGGAAGUUCUCAUCUCCAUGUCUUCUACAAACCCUACGCAGCAUCAACCACAUCAACAGCAACAGCAGCAGAAUCAUGAACAUCGACCUACUACUGUGGUUUUCGAUCCACCACAAUCUAUGCUUGCUGCUUCUCAGGAUCCCUUCACAAGCUUCUCUCCGCCGCGAGAAUUCUCUCAAAGGUUAACAGAUAAGGAUCCCCAACAAUCUUCCAUUACCAGCACCGCUACCCGACCUUGGAAUCUUUCUCCACCGCCGCCUACUCGUCGUCCGGGAAAGGAGAAAGAAGUAGAAAUCGGUAAACUGAAGAAAGAGUUGGGGCGUGCCUCAAAGCAGCUUAGUCAAUUGGAACAAGAGUGUGUGGAGCUUCAAAAAAACAGAGACAAGGCGGAGGAGCAGCUUAGAUCUGCCUUUACACAGAUCAGAGAAAAGGAUGCUGAAAUUCAGCAUUUGAAGAGGAUAAAUGUUGGCAGGGAAUAUGGAGCAGCUGCUGAAGAUCGUUACCUCAUUUACCCCCAGUGUCAGAAUGCUGAUACUUUAGCUGAUCUGGCUGGCCCUCGGAUUAAUAGUGCCUUGACAUCCCGUAAAGCUGUUGGAGUUCAGACAGAAACAUCUUAUGAUAAUUCUCACCUUAUGAGAAAGAAUGAUCUAUCUUCUCAGCAUGAUCUUUCGAAGAAAUUGCUUUCUGUGUGGGGUUAUCCAAGGGGCCAAGUCUCUAGCAAGGAUCUGGUCUCCAAGUUGGUUGUAACUUGUGCGGAAGAUUUACAUGUCCUUUUCAGGUUUAUGAACAUGAAUAUAUCCUCCGAAAUUAAUCAGGAUUCUCUGGCAGACAAAAAAAUUUCCAAUGUGUCUUUUCAUGGUCACAUGCAGUCUGCUCAGUCCACUGAAGCUUCAAAAAUUUCUCGUCUUUACUUUUUGUUAACUAAGAUAAGUAAUGAGAUGGUACAGUUGGAUUCUUUGUUCAAAGCAUUACUCGACCUCUGUAUUCUAGAAAAUGUUGUUAUUGCAUAUAGAACUCUUCGUAUAGUACAUGUAAUCUUGCAGCACUUGUCGAGGUUCGACUGGAGAUUUGAAAGAAGGGACAAUGUGAUUGCUGAGGGCAUUUGCACUAAGAGGGUUGUGGAUUUGCACGAAUCUGAAGGGGUACAUAGUGAAGACCAGUUUGGUCUGCUUAAGGAUAAAUCAGUCUUGUCAAACCAUGCUUCAUCCAGUGUUAGAUCCUUCAGUGUGGAAAUUCUAUCCAAGAAGGAUCAUGAAAAUCCUACCAACAUGACCUUUCUUUCUCGUAUGGAUUGGAUUUCCCUCUUUGAAAUGAUGCAUCGAAUUGCUGUUGGGAGUAAAGAAGAACAUGUACAAGUAGAAGCAUUAUCUAUCCUGAAUAUGAUUCUAACAAGAAGUGAUCCCUAUUCCGAAAGAGAAAAGUAUGGGUUGGGACUAUCUUUUACAAGCAUAUCACUAUUACUGAGGAAGGAAAUCGGUUUGCGUGUGCGUGAGCAAGCUCUGCGUCUUCUAUUCCUCCUUCUUAAUUGCCCGAAGCUUUUAAUGAUGUUCUGUUCCGGUUGUAAAGAUGGCGAUGGAAGUGCUGGAGAUGCACCUGAUGGCCCAGAAGAUGCUUCAGCAUUUCAAGGAUUCGGUAGUAUUCUGGAGGGCUUGGCAGAAUGUUUGGCAUGCAGCGGAAAUGGUACACUGGAGCUGAAACUUCGUAAGCAUGCUAUCAUCUUGUUGGCUUUUGUAGCAUCUUCUGGAAAAUCUGGCUUUGAAGUUCUGUUGGGUCCAGGGAUGUCCAAAACUAUAAAUUUUCUUGAAUUGAUUAUGCGGGUACUGGCAUCAGAGAUGGAUGCAGAAGCAGAAGAAUCAGCUGGACCACUGGAAACCUCCAGAGAGAGGACCUCGUUAAUUCGGGAGGCUUUGAUUCUUUUGAAUAGAUUGGCAUCUAACUCCAUCUAUUCAGCAACUGUCCUGGGGGUACUGACAAGCUCCAGAGAUAUGGCAAGCUUGACUGUUGAUGUUACAAAUAAAAUGUCGCGGAGAGGUAGUAGGGCCUUCCAAAAAGCUGAUACCAUGAAGCGGACCCAGUUAAAAGAUUCUGAAAUUGUAGAUUUAGCGCGGGUGUUCAGAACAAGAGUCUUUAGCUACUUGGGCAGCAACAUUUCCUGAUUGGAAUUCCAAGUCAUCCAUACUCGGUUCUUUUUUCUUCCGACAGGUUAUCUGUCAAUAGGAAUUUGACCAAGUUCCAGUUUUGCAAUAUGAACUGAGUUUCCCUUCACGCACAAUGACAGAUUUCUUCACUGGAACACAUCAUUGCAGUGAAAUGGGGUGGAACCCUCCCCCCACGGUGUAGGAAAACUUUUGCCUUUCAAUAUUGUCAAACAAGAGGGAGAAUUUCUGUGAGGAAUCAUCUGCAAAUGCAAUAAGUUUUGAAGUGAGGCCCUUAUCUGCAGUAAAGAUGUUUUUUGCUCGGUGCAAAAAUAUGCACCAGAGGCGGUGCCCAAUCUUUCCAGUUCAGGGGUGGUGAAGGAAGUUUCUUUAGCUAGUUGAGUGAUGAAUCCUGAUUUAUUUGGUUGACUGACCUCAAUUGUAUACUGUAUAUGGAAGUUGUAUAUAAGACAUACGUAUGGUAAAUCCUGCCUUCAUCUUG